GUAAAACCGGUCUGCAUCAGUGUUGUUAAAGAAGUACAUAAUUGUUCCCAUUAGUAUUUAAUCCGUUGUAAAUUUCGUCUUUUGAAAUGAGUAAUGUUUACUGUUGCUCCGUCUUGGUAGGAGUUGAUUUAUCUUUAACAUCGUAAUGAUUGCUGUGUACGCUUUGUGGAGCCAGAAAAUGAGUUGAUUCCUAGCAAAACAAGCUAGAAAAUGGCAACAUACAACACAGAAGGACAUUCAGUGGUGGUAGAAGUGAGCCCAGAUAUCCACAUCUGUGGUUUCUGCAAACAGCAGUAUAACAAUUUCCAAGUCUUUCUCGCUCAUAAGCAAAAUGGAUGUGCUCUACCCACUUCAGACCCAUCAGCCACCACUGCAACAACCACCCUCGCAGAUACCAACACAGAGUUUGUUUUUGAGGAAACAUACCAGACUUGUGUCGUGAGAGGUGUUAAAAAGACCCUGACCAAAGCACAAAAAACACCUUCCAAAAAAUUAAAACCUUCCCUGACUUCAAAGAGACACAGCUGCUGUUUCUCAGGUUGCACUUUUAAAACACAGUAUGGCCAAAAAGAUAUGGAGCGGCACCUUAAAACUCACACUGGUGAGAAGCCAUUUGAAUGUGAACUGUGCCACAAACGCUUCAGUCGACGGGAUAAGCUCAACAUGCACAGCCGCUCACACACAGGCGAGAAGCCACACAAGUGUAAACACUGUCCCUAUGCAGCAGCCGAUAGCAGCAGUCUGAAGAAGCACCUGCGCAUCCACUAUGAUGAACGGCCGUUUAAAUGCCAGAUCUGCCCGUACGCCAGCCGCAACUCCAGCCAGCUCACCGUGCACCUCCGCUCUCACACUGGGGAUGCACCUUUCCAGUGCCAACAGUGUGAUGCAAAGUUCAAAAUCAACUCAGACUUGAAGAGACACAUCCGGAUUCACUCUGGCGAGAAGCCAUACAAGUGUGAAUUCUGUGAAUAUCGCUGCGCCAUGAAAGGUAACUUAAAAUCUCACAUUCAGAUCAAACAUGGCACAGAGAACUCCUUCCACUGCAUGCACUGUGAUUUUAAGUGCACCAAUAAAACUGCUCUGCGUCAACACUCACGGGAGCACCAACCCACUCAGCCCAUUCAGUGUUCCAAGUGCACUUACUCCUGUUCAAGCAAGGGGGCGCUCAAAGUCCAUGAGAGGAUCCACUCAGAGGAGCGGCCCUUUAAAUGUGAGUUUUGCAGUUUUGCCUCCAAACAGCGCAGCAACCUAGUCAUCCACUCAAAAAAGUUCCACUCAGAUAAACCUGAGAAAUGCAGCGGAGGGAAAGGUAGCAGAGGUGGAGGUAAAAGUGGAGGGGCUGACUCUCCAAAACCUGUCAGCUCUCGUUACCGGGCUAAACUAGACGCAGCCCGAGCCUUCUGCUGUGACUCUUGUGAUGCUUCUUUUGUAAGGGAAGACUCUCUGAGGAGCCAUAAGAAGCAGCACAGAGACACUCAGAAUGUAUUGCAGCUCCAACUCUCCACCCAAACCAGCACAGUCAAUUUGGUUCCUGCUACAACAUCGCAGUGCAACACCCAGCUCGAGCUUCCCACCCCAUCAGAUUCAAUGGCACCUUAUGGCAGCGCACAGCUCAAAAUCAUCGUAUCUCACCCUCUGAGCCAAGAGAACUCUUUAAUCCCAGCUACUGUAGAUAGUCAGAGUAAAACAAACAUGGUUUUACUAAGCCCAGAAAACCAGGACUUGGUAGUCAACUCCAUGAUCCAACAGGUGAACUUGCUGGCACCUAUGCAACCUCUGGGGUCAUCUCAGACCGCAGAGGCAGCACUUGAACCUCAAGCAGUUCUCUUGACACAGCUCAACACUGACGACACCAACAACCCGCUCCACCAGGCCUUGCUACAGACAACCAUGACAGCUCAGGACUCCAGCAAUGGUACGCAGACCUUCAUCACCACCUGCUCGGAACUAGAGGGCCUCAAAGCCUUGAUCCAGGAGGGUGGCACAGAGGUUACAGUGGUGACUGAAGGUAACACCGCCAUGGUCACCACAGCUAAUCCCACUGAAAUGGUGUGUGGCCAAUCGGAGGACAUUUCCAGACCAGCGGUAACAGUUGAGGAGAGUGCCUUAGCUUGCGAGGAAAGUGCGUUACUGGUGCCAAACAUCAGCUUGGGUGGCCAGAAUGUGGUCAUCCACGGGGUCCCAUUGAUAGUAUCCACUCAGCCACAGCAGAAUACAAUAGAACACCUCACACACACCCUCUACUCUGAUUCACACACACUGGAAGGUAUCCCGCAGUGAGUGUAGGGCGUGUGAUUAUACUUUUGUAAAAGUGAAAAGACUGUACCUGCAUGAUAAGCUAUUUCUUUGCCAGUAAAAACACCUAAUCCUGAAUGUUAUGUCUGUGCAGGCCAUUAACACCAACAGCUUUUACUUUGAGCUGUUUAAUCAUUAAACUCUUAAGUAACAAUAGUGAUGUCAUGAUUCUCAACACAUGUUUUAGUUUUCAGAUUUUAGAAUAAUGAAUUGUUGCAGCACAAAAGCUGAGGUCAGAAUGUUGUCAUCUGUAAUGUUUACUGACUUUGAAACAUGGAAGUUAAUCUUUGCUUAGACCUUUCUGACAUAGUUUGAGACACUCUGUUUUUGUUUAACUGGUUUGUUUUCAGACAUUAAAAAAAAACAAUAAAGUCUUAAGCAUAA